GGCUUCUAGUGGAGUCUUGAAGCAGUUUUCUUGUUGUGCCAAUCGGGAAGGACCCUCCAGUGCCCGCCAGUCUUGUUCCAGUUGGAGCCAUGUGCGUGCUUGUUGCCGAUACCAGAGCUGUUCGACUGUCUUGCGGUAGCAUAGCCUAGCCGUUCCCUACUGGUGCACUGUUAGAGGAUGCUACUAGGAGCAAAGGGCUUCGCUACUAGGAGCAAGGACGCUACGAUCGGGGCUCCUGGCCGUACUACUAGGAGCAAGGACGAUCCCGCUGCACUGGGACGCUUGGAGUGAGCGGCAAGAUGGAUGAGAAGGAGUUGAAAGAACUCAUCAAGGGAUUGGACGCGGAGAGUGCCAUGAAGCUCGGCAAGGCGAUGGAUGCGGCUGGCACCCGUGGCAAAGAGAUGAAGAAUGCGGUGUGGCUCUGGGGUGAAGAAGAGGUCAAGAAGUUUCUGGAAGCUUCGGAGAUCAAGAGCAAGACACCCGAGAAGUUGGAUGGCAAGAUGUUGCUGAUGCAGGAGGGCGACUGGGAGAAGGAGGAAGACAAAGAAAAGGCUUGGAAGUGCCUGCUGCCAGUGGGCCUGAAGUUUGCUCAGGAUCAAUGCGAAGCUGAUCCUCCCUACAUCCCUCCAGCCGCCGUCAAGAAGCGUGCUUGCUGGCUUUGGGAUGAAGCCACCGUUGAGGAAUUGUGCGGGGAGAUCUUUUGCGACGACUACUACGUGAAGGAAACCGAAGACGAGCCGGACAAGAAGGAUGUGGAACCUGUGAAAUGCGACGGGAAGACGUUGAUCACCAAGGCCCGCAACGACCUGCCGGAUGACUUCGCCAAGAAAGCCAUGGAGGAAGCCUUGGGACGCACCACUCUCUUGUUGAUGCAGGACAUCCUCAUGGCCUGAACACCGAAAAGGAUCUGAGCGGUUUCAACGGAGGUCUGAUGUUUCGCGAAAAGACUGCGAGAGGC